GGCUACACAAUUCUGUGUGUGAAAGGAAUAGACUUUUGGUCAGCACAAAAAUAAUUGCAAUCUGUCUGCAACAUUCUGCGAUCUGAUCUCUGGUAACCAAAUUAUAUUUUACGUUGGCAAGAUCUUGAUCUGGAAUCUUUUGUCAAAAGGCAUCUAACUUUCCUGUUAAAUCUCCCUAGUCUGGUGAUUUAAUGUUCUCUCUUAAUAUUUUUUUUAAGAAAAACGUUCUGAUAAUUAAUGCUCUCUUUCUCUCUCUCCCCCUCUAAUGUCACUCGAAUUCUCAUAUAACUUCUCCAUAUAAACACAAGUUUCUGAUCAAGUCUGAAACACCUUGUGUCUCCAUUUAAAAUGAAGAAACUUCUAUGGAGUUUGACUCUGUUUGGUCACAUCCUCAUAAUCCUCCCUGUAAAUGGGAUGAUGGAGUUUGAAGAAAUGGAGUGGUUCACAGAUUUCAAUGGAACAAAGAUGUUUCAGACUCAAAAUGAUGUUUAUUCUGAAGCUAAGUUUCCAAUGGUAGGACUCACUCUCAUUCAAUCUGCUGCUGCUAAAGGAGCAGUGUGUUUGGAUGGAAGUCUUCCCGGAUAUCAUAUGCAUCGCGGGUUUGGUUCAGGAGCAAAGAAUUGGCUCGUUCAAUUGGAGGGAGGUGGAUGGUGUGAUACUAUUAGAAAUUGUAAAUACCGCAAAACCAGUCGCCGUGGAUCGUCUAUGUAUAUGGAGAAAGAGAUACCUUUUACAGGAAUUCUAAGUGAUAGAGCCGCUGAAAAUCCAGACUUUUAUAACUGGAAUCGAGUAAAAGUCCGGUACUGUGAUGGAGGAUCCUUUAGCGGGGACAGUGAAAAUAAGGCUGCAAAACUUCAGUUCAGAGGAAAACGAAUAUGGUUAGCUGCUAUGCAAGAGUUGAUGUCAAAAGGAAUGCGUCAAGCCAAACAGGCUCUGCUCUCUGGAUGUUCUGCUGGAGGACUUGCUGCGAUUUUACGGUGUGAUGAUUUCGGGAAUAUGUUUCUUCCUUCCACUAGAGUGAAAUGUUUGAGUGAUGCUGGCUUUUUCCUUGACGCCAUCGAUGUGUCUGGAGGUCGAUCUCUUAGGCGUUUAUACGCUGGUGUCGUAAAAUUACAGAAUCUUGAAACAAAGCUCCCUAGAGACUGUAUAAACCGUCUUAAUCCAACUUCGUGCUUUUUCCCACAAAACCUAAUCAACCAAAUCAAGACUCCAUUGUUUAUUCUAAAUGCUGCAUAUGAUUCGUGGCAGAUCCAAGAGAGUUUAGCUCCUAAAUCUGCAGAUCCAAGUGGAAGUUGGCAUGAUUGCAGACUUAAUUACGCCAAGUGCAACGCAUCUCAGAUUCAGUUCUUGCAAAGUUUUAGGACUCGUAUGGUGAAUUUGAUCAAAGGUUUCGCAAAGCCGAGUAAGAAUGGAGUUUUUCUUAAUUCGUGCUUUGCUCAUUGCCAAACAGAGAGGUAUGACACAUGGUACUCCAAAAACUCUCCUGCGGUUAAGAACAAGGGGAUUGCAGUAGCUGUGGGAGAUUGGUAUUUCGAAAGAGGAGGAGCAAAGCUCAUAGACUGUGCUUAUCCUUGUGACAAGACUUGCCACAAUUUAGUCUUCAGAUGAUAACUCUUUUUUUCCUUACAUAUAUUUGGGCAUUCAAAUGCCUUUUUCUUCUUUUCUUGUUCUUAAAGAGCACCCAUUUUUCAGAAAAAACAAUGAAAGAAAAUAAAUUCAUUU